UUUUUUUACAUUCACUUCCGGGGUCGUUGUGGUGAACUCGCUGCUGUUCCGCUCAGUAAAGAGGAGCUUUUCGUGAUGUAAUAUAAUUUUGAACACCGGCACCAUGGACGCGAAACUGUCUUUCUUUUUCUGAUGUAUUUUUUGGGGGUUUUAAUCAGAAUGUGACGCACAUCGCCGGUUCAGAGGGGCGAUUCUCUGCCUUCUAAAUCUUCCUGAGUUUAGUCUUUAGUUGUUUUCCUUUUGGUCUUUUUUUUUGCCAUACCAAUAAUGGAAGGAGUUUUGUACAAGUGGACUAAUUACAUGACAGGAUGGCAGCCGCGCUGGUUUGUGUUGAACAACGGAAUCAUUUCUUAUUACGACUCGCAAGAUAAUGUGUGCAAAGGCAGCAAGGGCAGCAUAAAGAUGUCAGUGUGCGAAAUUAAAGUUCACCCUACUGAUAAUACCAGACUGGAGCUGAUCAUACCAGGAGAGCAGCAUUUCUACGUGAAGGCCGUCAAUGCUGCCGAGAGACAGAAAUGGCUGGUGGCUCUGGGAAGCUCGAAGGCUGGACUUGCUGACACGAGAACCAAAAAAGAGAGAGAAUUAACGGAGACCACCGAGUCUUUGAAAACGAAGAUGUCAGAACUGCGUCUGUACUGCGACUUACUCAUGCAACAGGUUCACACUAUUCAGGGGUCCGUGGAGCAAGAAGGAGACCAUGCUGAGACAAGGAACGAGGCAUCGUCUCUGUUGAGCGCCACGUGUAACACCUUCAUUCAGACACUGGAGGAAUGUAUGAAGAUCGCAAAUUUGAAGUUCCAGACCGACAUGCUGCAGUCGAAUCCUUCAGACGCGUUGAUGUCGCCCGUCUCGCCGUCUCCCGUCCAACUGGCCAGAAUGAAACGCUCCAUUAGCCACCCGGGCACGUACAGCUACGACAGGUCCAGUGCACUGAUGGAGCACAAGUCAUCACAGAGACGCACACGGACAUGUUCGGAUACGGAGGCUCUCAGCGACGGUGGUGCCGAGGAGCCAGAACGUCCUGCGUUGUCGCCGAAGCCCAGCGUAAACGGCGACGGCGCCCCGGUGAUUCCCGAAGAGAUCGGCACGGGGACGUGUUUGAUCAUGGAAACGGACACUCCGGAGUCAGACUUGUCACUUUGAGUCCGGAUUUUUAUUUUUGUUCUUUUUUUUUUUUUUUUUUUCCCCCGCCGGCCCACACGAGCAGGAGGAGCCACGCCGAUGUGCAGCUACUGUUCGUCACGCCGCAUUACUGAUGUUUAGGAAGUAUUGUUUUCCUCAGUGAAGAAAUGUGUUGCACUUUAAUAUGAAAAUGGGUGGGGAAGAAAAAAAAAGUGUGAAUGUUUGUAUUGUUUUUGUUUGUUUUCCAGAUAAAUAUUCGGCUUGUGACGGUCGGUGAAGAGUCUAGAAAUCCGUUUGGGAUUUCACAAGUGAUAUGUAGCCUUUUUUUGUGAAGAGAAACCUUGACUAAGGUUUUAGUUACAGUGCCAAGUGAGUGGCGAAACUGUGAGUGUUCUGAUGUUGAAAGGUAAUUGUACCUUUUUAUUAUUCUCAUUUUCAAAAUGUCUGCCUAAAGUGCGAAGGAAAAACUAUUGCACUUGAGCACGCUGCCUCCGAAGCUGUUUUAUGGUAAGAAUUUUUGGGAUUCAUCGACGUGGACACCAAACCACGACAGGCUUAAAAAUAAAUAAAUAAAAAAGGAGGGAUUCUUCAGAUAUUUUGCGACGAUAAACUAAUCGAAUCCCGUUAACCCGCGAUUCGGAUAACAAGCGCGUUCUAUUCGCGAUCGCAAAUUUUUAACUUCUUCGAUUUUUUUCCAGAAAAUCGGGAAAAAAUUACGCAGACAUUCUGAAUACAAAUAAGUCCUAAUUCUUUUCUUUUUUUUUUUUUUUACGUUUUUGGCUUUUCGUCGAGCACCUGGCACCCUCCGGUGUUUACGCAGUACUUAUGCAAAUACACACUUUUUUUUUAUUAUGAAGUUGCCAGAUUUUUAGCGGACAUAUCCCCCUGUAUUCCCUCGUUUCACCAGAGGAACUUCUCCCGAUGUAUUUAAUGUAGAAACACGAAAUGCGUAUACAGGACAUUUCUUUUAUUUUAUUUCAUUUUUUUUUACUUUUAUCUAACUUGUACAUAGCACAUUCUGCCUGAUGGUGAAAUGAAGAGUGAACCCCCAUAUUGCACAUCCAGCUUUAACUCCUUUACCCUGAUUUACAUUGUAUGUUACCCAACGGACAUCUUUGUCAUUUCUGGCAAAUAAUUUCCCCGGAAUAAGUAUUGAAAAUUGUAAGAAGAAUUUUUUUUAAGGUUCAUGACUGCAAGAACGAACAACUAGAGAAUCAACUUCUCUCUUUUUUUUUUUCACUGAAUUGGCAACUUCGUGUCAAGCUAAAGCGGAACAGAAAGCGAAGGAUGCAACCCGAUGUGCUCUUCCUUCCUUGAACAUUUUGUUUUCGUUUAUGAUUUUUUGUAAUAUUUAGUAAGAAGCACUCUGACUACAGCUUUAAGAGAAUAAAGUAGUUUUGGAGCAUAAUGGACUGUUGGGAUUUAAAUUCAACAUGUUUUUCUCCAUUUUUUUUUUCCCUCAUACACAGAAAAUGGACAAAAAAAAGGUUUGAGCAGCCCAUUUCCCAUUUAAUCCCCAUUUAUAACUAAUAUAAUAAACCUCCACUCUUCUGGAAAAUGUUCUACCAGAUUAGAUAUCGAUCUCAUCGGAAGUUUAGCGCAAAAUCUUGUAUCUUUACAAUAUGGUUAUACGAGUCGGAUUGCUUGUAUCUGCACCAACAAUUGUCCUAACUAGCAAAAAUGUAUUCAAAAACUCUCCAACGCCCUUCAUGGCAUGUGCUUGUUGAUGAAAGUGUAAUGAAAAUGUUCCAAUGCUUGCACAACACCAGGAAAGCUUCAGGUUGGACUUCACUAGCCAGAAACUACAACAUGGUGGUGGGCCACGUACCUUCAGGAAAACAAAAAAGAACCCAACUGGACAAAUCUACAGGAUCGAACUUGUCCAACUAGGAAAAUAUUUGUCCGAUAGUCACAAUACAGUGGUCCCACGGAUUUCGCAGGGGUUACAUUCUAAGACCCUCCGCGAGUUCCGAACCUUAGUGGUACCUUAAUGAAUUCUUCUAGACCAGUGAUCCCCAACCAACUGGUUGUCAAUUGGUUCCCGGGCCGCACAGAAAGAAUACAUAACUUACAUUAUUUCCGUUUUAUUUAUUAUCUGAUUCUGAAUGAUGUUUUUUUGUGGAAAAGUACCCAAAAAAAUGGUCUUACCUCCAUCUGCUACCUUCUUAAAG